GGGGGGACUCCAGCGAGAGAGCAGAGCAUUCGUCCUCUCGUUCCUCCCCCUCCGCCGCAAAACCCCCGCGUCGGCCAUGUCUCUCUCCGGAGGCGAAUAGGCGACGGCUAGGGUUUCGUUCCCCGGGGACGCGCCGCCCCCUCGAGCCCCCGCGCCACCGGAUCCCGGCGACCGCGCUCCGCCCUCAGCCUCCCGCCGUCCCGCUCCGGUCGCCGCCGCCCGACCCGGCUGCUCCUCCACGUCUCCUGCAGCUCCGCGUCGGCGCCGGUUGGUUAGGGUUUGGGUUUCCAGCGGCCGAAGCUGAACCCCCCCUCCCCCACGCAGGGGCUCGCGCCGGAGGGCCCGAGCUCGCGGAGCUCUCCUCAUCUUCCUCCGCUCCUGUUGGAAGUUGUCAACGAAGCUUUUCUACAGUGUCUUUUCUGUUGAAUGAGUCAGUUAUAGUGCUCGUAGUUAACAAUGCAUACCAGGAAAAAGGGUGCUGCAAGAUCUUCAGCUGGGGAUCAUGCCAGUCCUAAAACAAGCAGACCAUCCAGAAGAACAGCUCAGCCUCCAGUUGCUCAAAAGAAAGUAACUGAUCUCAUUACGUCGUCUUCCAAGAAGAAGAAACCUGUUGGAGCCACUUCCAAAAAGCAUUCUAAAGGAGGAAGGAAGCUGUUAGCUGCAUGUGAUACAACUGAUAAUGAAAAUGAGGUGCCGCAAGUGGCCCCUAGUGUUCCCCAUGAUCUGCAGCACUCUGAUGACGGUGCAGAUGAUCGCCCAAACAAUUCCAUAUUCUCCCCUACAUACCAUCAUCACAAGGAUGGCAGUAUGAAUAACCUCUCAAAAGCUGGUUCAUUAGAAGAACAGAUGGCACCUGUUCAUGGUAGCAAGGAAGCUACCCUAAAAUCCGGGCCAAACCUUGCAUGCAACACUUGUGAUGGUGAUGGGGCAAGUGACCACUCUUGCACACUCAAUUUGCAAUCUUCUGGGCAGAGCACAUUGCUUGAAGUGGAUGAGUACAGUGAAUUGGGAAACCUUUCUUCAGAAGUGUCAGCAAUAUAUCUUGCUAUGCAGCAAUCUAAGUUGGAGUGCAUUGAUGAACAGAGUCAAGAUUCUUCCUCAACGGAAGGUUAUGGUGAUGCUGAGGAGACUGAGGAGUAUGAUGAGUUUGAUCCAUAUUCUUUUAUCAAAGGUUUACCUGAUUUAUCUAUGGUGGUCCCCAAAUUUCGCCCUGUCCUUCUUCCAAAGCAGACCCGGAGUUGCCCAACAACUACACUAGUACUUGAUCUGGAUGAAACACUUGUCCAUUCAACUCUCGAACACUGUGCGGAUGCUGAUUUCACAUUUCCAGUUCAUUUUAACUUUAGAGAGCACACAAUAUAUGUUCGAUGCCGCCCCUAUCUCAAAGAAUUUUUGGAUAGGGUUACCAGCAUGUUUGAGACGAUUAUUUUCACUGCUAGCCAAAGCAUUUAUGCUGAGCAACUCCUCAAUGUUCUUGAUCCCAAAAGAAAGUUGUUCCGUCAUCGUGUUUAUCGCGAGUCUUGCGUCUAUGUGGAGGGCAACUACCUAAAGGAUCUGACAGUUCUUGGACGGGACUUAACCCGCGUAAUGAUUGUUGAUAAUUCUCCACAGGCCUUUGGGUUCCAGUUAGAUAAUGGCAUACCUAUAGAGAGCUGGUUUGAUGAUCCCAAUGAUACAGAACUGCUGAAAUUACUCCCAUUCCUAGAAAGUUUGGUUGGCGUUGAAGAUGUCCGGCCUUAUAUAGCAAGGAAGUUCAACCUUCGGGAGAAGGUAGCCACUGCAGCUUCUCUCACAAUGGACAUGCAGAUGUGAUGCAUCCAGUGCUGUCAAGGAUUAUUUCUGCGGCAUCAAGGAGGCAGUGGUGAUAAAUGUAGAAAACGACCUGAUAUGGUGAUUCUGUAGAAUGUAGUAGCAUAUCAGGUUCCCCUCAUGUUGCAAUAUUGUAUGUUCUGGCAUCCACCUUGUACAAUUUGCUGCAGUUUGGCAGUUGUAAACUGUACUUGCUAGGAAUAAACCAUCUUCAAAUGUGAAGGUCUUGUUGCAAA